AUGCCGUCUCUCACAGGAAAAGUUAAAACCUGGCUCCAGCGUACCAAGUCCGCUGAAGAGGAGCCAGUCCAAGUCGAGACUCCACUGGAUUCUCAUGAAAUGGAUAUUGCUGCAGAGGCGGUCAAGCGCCUGAAGAAGGGAGACCGUUGGGAGUCUGUCAAAUCGCAAAUCGAUGCUCGGCGCAGGAUGCAUGCCCAGCGUCAGGGCCAUGAUCGUGUGCUGGCCGGUGACUGGCACAUAGGUCCGGACAAGCGGUUGUACCAGUACCCAAAUCCCUACAUCCAGCGCGAGCCCCACAAAGUACAUAUCAUCUAUGCAACGAGGGAAGAGCUGGACAUGUUGGAGGAGGCUGGCAUGACCAACCGGACCGAUGAAGAGUUUGUCGCCUCAUACUUCCCCAAACGUCUCCUCAGGCGCGAACCACAGUUGGCCGUCCAGGUGUGUCAAACUCUCGCAAUGAGGUGGAGCGAGUUCCUGGCGGCGCUGUCCGUCGACAGCAGACGGUGCCUGCUUCCACCAGCAACCGUCCACCUGGCAGACCAUCUCUUGAUCGAAGGGAGACUCUAG